UAUUUACGAAUCUCGUCUUAGCGAGAUAAUAACAAAUAGUUUACAACUGACGAUAAGAUUUUCUUAAUAUUUGCGUACUUAGAUGUUGUGUAGACAGUUCAAUUUUAACAUUGAAAUAAUUUUCUGAGUGUAUUGGCAGAUAAGUUCAAGUGAAGAUGAUUGACAGAAUUACGGAAUCGAUCGAAGAGUUUCCAUUGCAGGGUCAGGGCAACUACAUAAAAAAACCCAGGACUUUAAAAGGUCCCUUUCGAGUCAUUCGACUAUGUAUCCUUGGCAUAUUUACCCCGGCAUUGCUAUUGGGCCUUCCCCUGUAUAUGAGGUAUCGGGUCUACGGUCAUCAACUUUACCCUCUUGCCAUGUCAGAUAUGAGAAUGUUAGACAGCAAGGUUUCCACCACUUGGUGCCAGAGACAGUUGGUGAAGGUGAAUACUACUUUCAAUGCCUUCUUGCUCCCCAACACACCACAGUUGUCUCCAGAAAAGAAACCGCUCUCUAUGGUUAGACAUUUGGUUCUGGAGGAUGACACCAAGGAAUACUGGGGAUUCUAUCUACUCAGGGGAACUUCGGUCACUGUGUCGACUUGUGUGAGGUGGCCGGGUGCAUCUUUGAUAGUGAUCCGUGGUCACAAACACCUACACGAAUGCGCGUACAUUGGCGACAACUCAUCCGAAGAACUGGAGGAGCUAAUGGAAGCCAUACGGGAGGGCACCUAUGUCGAACCACCCGGUGAAAAGAGCAUCAAUUCCACGGAAGAUGAAGCACCGGCCAACGAACCAGAACUGAUGAAAAGACACAGGGCUGAUGUGGAAUUCCACAGCCCUCGACACAGGAACAAUACAAAAAAUUAUACGAUGGACAGUAACGUCGACAACUCAGAAAUAACGGACCCAAAAGUUAUGAAAAUAUUACUAGAAGCUUUGCGUACGAAAACUAAACAGAGCAAAGGGAAACUUUUGGGGAGCGAUACCAAAUCACAUGGGCAUAGAAAUUCGACAAUUGCCAAAGCAGAAACGAAGAACUUUAAAAUCGACCCUCCUAAAACGAGGACUACUUCCGAAGAGGCGUUCAGCGAGAUUCUAAGCAAACUGAGAAAGUUGGGAGGAAGAGGUAACGCUGUUCUGGAAAAAGUAAAUCAAGAAUUCAAUCAGAGUAAGAGUAAUCCUACUAAUCAAACUAUCAUCGAUACGAAAGGAAGGCAUUAUUCAAAGCCACCCGUGAAUUAUAACGACAACGUAGACCACGAGAGGCGAAAACGUCAUCUGUAUUUGUCCCCUGCACACGAUUUGGCUGAAGAUGAUGAGGAAAAUGACAUGGCCAUUGAAGAGGGCUUUAAUCCGGACGGAAUAGCGAACCAUAGGGGAAUGUUCAAUGAAACGGAUUUGAACGAUAUGAGUAACAGCGAAUUCUGGUCAUCUUUUUCCAGUUCUGAAGAAGCUCUAUUGAACUGUGACGGUUUAAUCUUGAAUCUACCACUAACUCCCCAUCAUAAAUGCCAAGUGGAUUUAAACGAGGAGGACGUUAAGGAAAGCUAUCGGGACAACACGGUCACUUACAAGGUACCUACGAAUGGUUACUAUUUCUUCGUCUUCAACAGCGAAAACGAAGUCCAACCCAAUUACAUACGGGUCCAGUUUGAUUUGGAAAAGGCCGUGUACAACGUUUCGAACCCAGUAGCAUAUUGCGCGAACAGUUCGGAUUCGUGCGCACUAGAUCUGAAUUUUUUUUCAUCAGAAAAGCUAGUGAUGGAACUACCCGUCAACGAGAACCAAACUCUUUGGAACGAAGAGUUCAUUGUGGUGUCCGAAUGUGAACCUAGAACGGUUCUUUAUGCCAUAUGUGUGAUAGCUGUACCUGUAUUGGUUAUACUUUUUGCAUUUACGUGAUACUUUUUUGAGGUACUAUUAUAUAUGUAAUAUUAAGAGUUGAUUUUAUUAACAUUGUUAAUUUAUGUUUAAGAUGUAUGUUGUUAGUCAUUUCUGUGAUAUUGAAUGUCUCAAUUAAAUGAAUUAUGCUUAGAACUGAAAUUAUUUUGGAUUAGGUGGUGUGGAUUAUGAAAGUUGGUGAUAUUUCUCAGGAUGUUGAUAUAAUUUAGGAUCAGAUUGAGUGAUAAAAUAUAGUUUUAAUAUGUAUUUAAUGGUUAAAUAAAUAUUU